UUUAUAAAACGAAACCUUUUGUUUUGAACCAUCAAUCCACAGUGCAUCUUGUAGCCGUCCACAACGUCUCCCUCUAACCGUCUCUCAGUUUGAAUUCCGCGCCCUCACCUUCCGUUGGUGCCGACAGGAAGUGACGCAGAGAGCCCGCUGAUGUAAGGACCGGCGGCGGGUACAGCAGUAGGUGGAGGAGCGGGCGGCGAUUCAUGAAUGAUUUUUUUUUAUCGUCGCACCGUCUUUGGGGGGGGAAAGUACGCGCAAAAAAAAAAUAAGCGGGAGAAGGCCGCAGUUAAAUCACCGGCAGCUGGGGGAGCAGAGAAGAGAGGGCCGCAAUUAAAGCACCGGCAACCAAAAGGCGAACGCGCUGUCUAUUUCGCAGCCGCCGGAGUCACGUGGCUAUACCGGUGAUCACGUGGGAAAGCAGCUGGAGCUGAACAGCAGCUAUGGCCAUUAAAUUUUUAGAAGUCAUCAAGCCAUUUUGUGCUGUUCUACCUGAAAUCCAGAAACCGGAAAGAAAGAUCCAGUUCAGGGAAAAAGUAUUAUGGACGGCUAUCACACUCUUCAUUUUCUUAGUAUGCUGUCAGAUACCGUUGUUUGGCAUCAUGUCAUCAGACUCAGCUGAUCCAUUCUAUUGGAUGAGAGUCAUACUGGCAUCCAACAGAGGUACCUUAAUGGAACUGGGGAUCUCUCCAAUUGUAACCUCUGGUCUAAUUAUGCAGCUGCUGGCUGGAGCAAAAAUCAUCGAAGUUGGUGACACACCAAAAGAUCGAGCACUCUUCAAUGGAGCUCAAAAGUUAUUUGGGAUGAUUAUUACUAUUGGUCAGGCGAUAGUAUACGUAAUGACAGGCAUGUAUGGUGAUCCAGCAGAGAUGGGGGCUGGCAUUUGUCUACUCAUCAUUAUACAGCUGUUUGUUGCUGGGUUGAUAGUCCUGUUGCUGGAUGAGCUGCUGCAGAAGGGUUAUGGUCUGGGAUCUGGUAUUUCCCUCUUCAUUGCCACAAAUAUCUGCGAAACCAUUGUCUGGAAAGCUUUUAGCCCGACCACCAUCAAUACUGGCAGGGGCACUGAAUUUGAGGGUGCAGUGAUCGCACUCUUCCAUCUGCUGGCGACUCGACAAGACAAGGUUCGAGCUUUGCGGGAAGCUUUCUACCGACAGAAUCUGCCCAAUCUUAUGAACCUCAUUGCCACUAUAUUUGUGUUUGCUGUUGUUAUCUACUUCCAGGGAUUCCGCGUGGAUCUGCCCAUCAAGUCUGCUCGUUAUCGUGGACAGUACAGCAGCUAUCCAAUUAAGCUGUUCUAUACAUCUAACAUCCCCAUCAUACUUCAGUCUGCUCUUGUAUCCAACUUGUACGUUAUCUCGCAGAUGCUAUCUGUUCGAUUCAGUGGCAACUUCUUAGUCAAUCUGCUGGGCCAGUGGGCUGAUGUAAGUGGAGGUGGGCCAGCUCGUUCAUACCCUGUUGGUGGGCUCUGCUAUUAUCUGUCACCUCCAGAGUCUAUUAGUGCUGUGUUUGAUGAUCCCAUCCAUGUCACUGUUUACAUCAUCUUCAUGCUCGGAUCAUGUGCUUUCUUCUCCAAAACCUGGAUCGAUGUUUCUGGUUCUUCCGCUAAGGAUGUUGCUAAACAGCUUAAAGAGCAGCAGAUGGUAAUGAGAGGCCACAGAGAAACCUCAAUGGUCCAUGAACUCAAUAGGUAUAUUCCUACUGCAGCUGCUUUUGGUGGGCUUUGUAUCGGAGCACUUUCAGUCCUAGCGGAUUUUCUAGGAGCCAUUGGAUCUGGAACAGGAAUCCUGCUUGCUGUUACUAUUAUCUAUCAAUACUUUGAAAUCUUUGUGAAAGAACAAGCUGAAGUUGGAGGCAUGGGUGCAUUAUUCUUUUAAAUUGCCAAACCUUGAAGAAUUUAUUUAUUUAUGGAAAAGGGAGUUUUUUCAUGUUAUACACCUGUCUUCUGUCUGAAGUUUUGUUUUUGCUUAUCCACUUAAAAACUCUUUUCUCCCCACCUGUCUUUGUACAGCAUACUCAGUUAGCAUCAUCAGUGCUAAGAAGCAGUGUUUUCUGAUGCAGUAUUACUGUCACAAUAUCUGCAGUAGAUGUAUUCAGUAAGCAUGCUUGUUCCACUUUUUUUUGUCUUCUCACAAACAGAAGAAACUUGGGUGAGUUAAAUUAUGAUUUUCAAGCUGCUGUAUGAAAUAACUUUGCUUUAAAUGCGAAAGUGACUCUUCAUUUUAGCUCAUCAUAAUUUUUAAAAUUCGAUGUUACAAUCCAGUGUUUUCUUUUCCUAAUGUAUACUUGGAGCAGCAAAAAUGCCUCAUGGCUUGUCUCGAUUACAGGCUGAUACUAUUUAUCCUGUAUCUGCCAACCAAUCUGUGCCAAAUGUAUUCAUGUAAAUUAUUCAUAGAGACAGUAGUCCAUAUGAUUGUGGGUUUGUAUGAAGAUGUACACUACAGUUCAUUAUUUAUUAUGUACUGAUAGAGAUGAAAAGUUAACAUUAUUAAAUAAUAAAUGUAUUGAUGUCUGAACAGGCAGAAUGUACAUUAAAAGUGUACUCUAUGGGAUAUUGAGACCGUUAUGGUAAUCUCGUAAGUUGAAGCUUUUAAUGAUUUUAGCAAAGUUAGGGAUGACACAAUAGUUUGUUAGAAAAAAUUUAUUCAAUCUGUUUCUGUGCUAUACUAUUUCUCAGUCAUGACUUCAAAUUUGAGCAUUCAUAAAUCUUGCAAUAGAAUUAUCAAACUUGCUUGCAUUCUGCUUCCUAUAUUUGGUUGGGUCACAGUUCCAAGUGUCGAUUUUAUUUAUUGCACAUUUUUUACUUGAACUUCUCCAGUGAAUGCUAGGUUUCCAACCACAUAAGGUAUUACAUCCCAGGCUGAUCUUCAGCACACUCUAACUUUGAUUGCCUGAGGAAUGUCUAAAAGGUAGCUGGAUCCCCAUCUCAAAAUCUGUCCUAUCACUGAUUCACUUGAGGCUGUUUAGAACAGUUAACUAAGCACAACUUUAAUGGACCUUAGAUAUUCUGAUCUGUAUAGUGCAUAAUCAGAGACUGGCAUCCUUUAUAGAAAAUAGACUUAAGGAAGACCUAAAGUAAUACUAAAAUAAAUCAUAUUUAUGACACGUUUGCUGCCACAGUCUUGGACAUUAGUUUGAUUAAGCAUGUGUUUAGUGAAAAUGUAAUUGGA